AUGGAUGAAGUUAGAAAAGUUGCAAGGGCAUACUACAAUGGAGCAGCUGGAACCGAGAAAAACCUAGCUCAAAAAUUUUUCCGAUCACUCGACACAAACGACGAUGGAAAAAUUUGCCAGCGUGAGUACAUGAUGAACUCCUCCUCCUUCACCGACAACGACUUCUUCGAGGAGCUCGACGCUAACUGCAGUGCAACCCUCGAUUUCGACGAAGUCUUAGCUCUUUAUUACAUGGAAAAAGUCUCGGUUCCAAGGUGCAGAGCUUGCAAAUCUCUUCUCUUAGAUUCGUAUUUCUCGUGCUUGCAAUGUCAAGCCAACGUCUCUUACUACCUAUGUUGCGACUGCUACGGCCGAGGGAGCUUCAAACACCGUCAUCCCUCCAACAAGUUCGUUGACAGAGGUCCAUGCUUAAGCUGCUCAAUCAAAUCUUGA